AUGGGCUUACUAAGUCAUACGGGUUUCCUCGGGAACACAGUGCGAGGUAAGGCUCUUGAGAGUCUUGUCUGCGCAACUGCUGCAAGUGGUUUCUUACUCUUCGGAUAUGAUCAGGGUAUCAUGUCCGGAAUCAUCACAGAAGAUAAUUUCCUCACAUACUUUCCCCAAAUGGAACCACACAACAAAUCCGGAGCAAUUCAAGCUUUGGUUGUUGCCAUCUACGAAAUCGGUUGUUUACUCGGAUCAUUCUUUAUUAUUGGAUUUGGUGAUAGACUUGGAAGAAGAAGAGCUGUGUUAUUGGGAACUGUUAUCAUGUUGAUUGGUACUGCGAUACAAGCUUCGAGUUUCGGGAUGGCUCAAUUGAUAGUUGGAAGAAUUGUUACGGGUGUGGGUAACGGAAUGAAUACUUCAUCAAUUCCCGUCUGGCAGAGUGAGAUGGCUCCACCUAAGAUUCGAGGAUUCUUGGUUUUGUUCGAAGGUGCUUUGAUCGCUGGAGGCAUUAUGUUAUCGUACUGGCUCAACUAUGGAUUUUUCUUCAUCACCCAAUAUGGUUCCUUCCAAUGGCGCUUUCCGAUCGCUUUCCAGGCAUUCUUCGGAGCUGUCCUCCUUGUCGGCAUCCUCGCAUUACCGGAAUCACCUAAAUGGCUUCUCAAAAAAGAUAAAGAUGAGCACGCCAUCGAAAUUCUUUGCCGCCUACAAAAAUGCGAGAAAGAUGACCCACGUAUCAUGGAAGAAGUCAGAGAACUUAAGAGAGUUACCGCUAUUACCAAAGGACAAAAGCUCACACUUAAGGAAUUUUAUGGAAAUGGUCCUGAGAUGAAUAGAUGGAGAGUUACUAUUGCAUAUACUUCCCAACUUUUCCAACAGAUUGGUGGUACCAAUCUUGUUACAUACUAUGCGACAACUGUCUUCGAAGAUUCCCUCGGUUUCUCUCCCUCCCUUGCCCGUCUCUUAACUGCUUGCUACGGAACUCUCUAUCUCGCAGCCGCCAUUCUCGCCCUGUUCAUCGUCGACCGUUUUGGCCGUCGCAAAAUGAUGAUUAUCGGUGCUCUAGGCAUGGGUCUUUCAUCUAUGGUCAUCGGAGUCUGUCUUUCACAAACAACAGAAGAAUAUAAAGCUCCUGGCUACGUUGCCACCGCCUUUAUCUUCAUCUUCAUUGCCUUCUUCGCAUUAGGAUGGUUAGGAAUAACUUGGCUCUACCCAGCCGAGGUGACACCACUCCGAAUCAGAGCUGAAGCAAACGGUCUCUCGACUUCAUUCAACUGGAUUGGUAAUUAUAUUGUUGUUCAAUUGGCUCCGAUUAUGAUUUACAGCAUCAGCUGGAAGACAUAUUUCGUAUUCAUGUGUAUCAAUCUUGCAUUCGUACCGAUUAUUUGGUACACCUUCGUCGAGACAAAAGGAUACCCACUUGAAAAACUCGACGAGAUUUUCGAGGAAGCAUACGAAAGAGGAGAAAAUCCAGUCUGGACAGAAAGAAGAAUUAGAAAAAAUGCAAAAGCACUACUAAAUGGUGGAAAGCACGCAGAAGAAGGUACUGCCAGCGGCACAGAUAUUGGGGACGAGGAAAAGCUCAGAAGAGAAAGCAGAAAUGAGAACAUUUUUGCGGAUUCAGGACAUCUGCAUCAUCAUGUUCAUGGUGAACACAGUGGAAGAACAAGUGGAGACGAUACACUUAUUGAGCAGAGAGAGAAGAUGGAGGAGGAGAUUGAUAGAACAGAUAGAUUUCCUUUUGAGGGGAACUAA